UAUCCACACCACACCUUCUGACUCUCUCCCUUGCGCAAAGACGCACAGCACCGUAUAUAACCGCACGGACUGCGCCGCGCUCGCUCACCGCUCUUCCUCCUCUCCGUGUCCGGCUCAACACACUCUGAUCGCCCGUCAUGUUCCGCUGUGGGAUCGCCUACCCUCGAUGCAGGUGGAUCGUGCCCCUGCUGCUGCUCUUCGCCAUUAUUUUUGACAUUAUCGCCAUCGCCGCCACCUCGGGAUGGGUCGAGGACGAGGACGCCAAGUCCCACUACGCCAGUAUGUGGGAGCAGUGCCGAGGCAGGAACGACAACUGGGAAUGCAAGUCUCUCAUGGAGCACUCUUGGGCCGCGGCAGUCGCUGCUCUCAUGAUCAUCGGCCUCCUCAUCCUCAUCGUCGCCUUCAUCAUAUCCUGUGUGGCCCUGUGCUGCACCCUCAACUUAACUCUUCUGCCCUUCAUCGGGAUACUGUUGAUCGUUGUCGUGAUUCUCCAGUUCAUCGCUCUGAUCAUCUACCCCGUCAAAUUCAACGAGCUGAUCUUCGAGGGCCAGUAUAACUACACCUGGGCCUACGGCUUCGGCUGGGGCGCCACCAUCCUCUGCAUCGGCUGCGCCAUCCUCUUCUGCUGCCUGCCGCGCUACGAGGACGAGCUGACCGGCCUGGCCAAGACCAAAUACAUCUACUCCUCUGCUUAAAGACUAAACCUGCACACACACACACACACCCAGUUACAGACAUUUCCACACUCCACUCUGACCUGGAUCUGUGUCAGCUGUUGGACAUUUUAACACUGUUCCAUUUCACCAAAGAUCCACGAUGGCUCAGCUCAGUUCGACCUGGUUCAGCAGUGGAAACCUCCCUCCUCCAUCUAUCUACCAUCCACGAGCAAAGCCAGAAGCGUGGGGUGCUUCUCACUGGAAGUGGACUGUGAUUGGAUGUUGCAUCUGCUUUAAUGUACAGACCUCUAUUUUAGAUUAAGUCAGCAUCAUAUGAAAGUGGUUGUUUCUCACAUUCUGCAUUUGAGUGACGCAUAUUCCUCAUUUUAUCUGUACUUUCUACCAGUAACUCUCAAUGCAAGAUCACCCAAGUGCACUUAACCUAAGGGAUGUAACUAUGUGUAAAGCAUAGCCUGGUUUAUUCUACAUCUCCGAAAACCUUGGAAAGAAGAGCAAUUUGGACUAAAUUUGCACAGGAUGCAAAAAGGAAUCAUUAAUCAUCAUUUGGUCUUGUCCCGUGUGUUUUAAUUAAUUUCCCCCAAUUCUUUAGUGUGUGUGUCUUGUAAGGAGGCUCGGAAGCUGAAUGUAAUCGAUACGUUUGAAAAUGUAGUUUAAUAGUUGUGUUUGCACCUUUUUUUUAAUGCAUUUUUUGGAUCAUUCUUAUCUGCUGUUUGUCUCCAGAGUUUUGUAUUCUUAUUUAGAUUUUACCAAAGGGGUAUAACUGGGAGUUUGCUGUGCUGUCUUUGUAUCUGUACUGAACACUCAAAGAAAUUAUUUGGACUAUUGUCAGGUUUACAUGUGUCAAUUCGAGAGGUGAGAACCAGAGGGGCGUGAGUGACACUGGGGGGUAAAAUGAGUUGUAUAUUUAUAUCAAUUGAAAGCUCUUUAUGAGCACUUUCUGUUGCCAAACCAACCAAGAGUUAUUAAUCAAAAACCGAAAGACUUAACCUCGAACAAGAGAACUGUUUGGGGACAUAAAGGGCAUAAGUGCACUUACUCACUUAUAGAAAAAUUCAAUAAAUGUCAAAAUAUUGUUCAUUAAAUAUACUGUCGUCCACAUGUUAUGAAGUUUUAAUACUAAAGAUUAAAUUCAAUAAACAAAAUCAGCACACACUAUGGUCAGUUUUUGUUUGUCUGUCCUAAGUUGGUCAAAGGUCACUUUCACCUCUGGUUCUCGCCAAAAAUGUCCAUCCUGCUGAGUCAAAUCAUUUUAACAUAAACUAAAAAAUAUUCAUGUAAAUCAGUCAAAUAAAACUGACAAACAGAGGAAGAGACUUUAUAGAUUUAAACACAUAAUUUACUUUAAUAAAGUUAAUGCAAGAACUGCUAAUAAAUUCUAUUCAUCUCAAAUAUAUUGAAUCAUAUAUUUAAAUAUAUGUAUUUCAUUAUUGAAUUUAUUAACAGUAAUUACAUAAACAUUACUUAAGUAAAUUGGGUAAAUUCUAUGAGGUAUGGUUACAUGAAUAUUUCAGUUUUAUAUGAUGUAAUUACACAAAUUGUACUUUUUGGUGUAUGUUAGAAUUACUUGACUCAAUUAAAUUGAAAUUUUAUGUGUGUUUGAAAUAAACCUGACUAUAAUAAUUAUAAUAAUUUCUGUGAGUGAGCAGACACUCGACAGCGUGUGAUGGUUGAUUAACAUGGCUGCUUUUCUUUCACUCUAAACUGAAUUUCUAUUUAGCUUAGUAAUUAAUUAAUUUAGAAAAUAUUUAGAUAUUUUCUUUAUAGUACUUUUUUCCUUUCUGACCGUCAUUUAAAAUUGAUCAAAUGUAGAAAUUUUACCCAUCAUUUUUCACUCACAUGAGCUUCCUUGUUAAAUAAUGAUGUCAUGUUAUUUUGGUUUAAAGGGAACAUUAUAAACCCAGCAGCAUUCUGUGUUUUCCAUGUCUUGUUGCCUCAAAGUUCAUUAUCUAGAGAGUGUAUUCAGAGAGGAGACAUUCCUCACAAAGAGAUGACCAAUCAUGUAUUUUCUGAGAGCCUUGAUAAGUUUUGAUAACGCUCCUGUGGCUGACCAUCUGCUGGUUUGAUGAGACACUGAGACCGAGGUGAACAAUCUUCUGACAUACUGUGUGUUAAACUCGUGCCUUAGCUUCUUCGGUGUUGUGUUGUUGAAUGUCCUAUCGACCUGAUCAGUCUGGUUUUACUGACUCACGCUUAAUCCCAGUCAACAGAUGCAUUUCUGUUCAUGCCAGCUUCCUGCCCGAACACGACCUGAAAGAGUUCUGGGGAAAGAUUAUGUGACUGUUGAAUGAAAGAGGAGAUGUAAAGACUGAUUUUAGAUCCAGCUCAUGAUGUUAUCAUCCCACUCAGAGUCUUUCAAUCGAAAAGUUGAUUACGCAGCAACUUACUGCGUAAUCAACGUUUUGAUUCAGUAGAAACUGAGAAUCAGGGCAGAUGUAAGCAGGAUGUGUUUGAAGAAACUUCCUGCAUGUCUCGACGGUGAUGUAAAAAACAAACAUGCUUUUAUUUCCAUGCAUGAAUCUCUCUUGACGCCAGCAUUUUCAGACGUUAUUAGUCACUGUAUAGGGGUAUGUAUUGUACUAUAGAGAAUGUCUUAUUAACAUUCAUCCACCUCUGGAAAUCAGCUGUUCUUCUGCUGUAGUAUGAACUGGUUAUUUUUGGUAGUCUGUGUAUUUUUAUGCAAUAAAAAGAUUUUUUUGAA